UGUGAUGAUGGGAAAGUGGUACUUCCAAUGAAUGAGGAAGAAAUUUUCACACAAAGAUUGCUUCAGCAUCUCUGCUCGUCAUCAAGGACCAAGUGUGGCCUUCAGCAGGGACUUAUAGAUCGAGACCUUGCUUUAUAAAACAAAUCAGAGAUGGUUCUCCACAGAGAGCACUAUGGACGUUCUGUGGCGUAUGAGAAAUUCAGCGAUACGCUUUAUGCCAGCAACGAUGGACCGGAGAGCUGCUCAGAUAAUCACAGCAAAGCCACUUUGGAACUUAAGCGGUACAAGUUGGCCGCAGCCACCCUUGGACUUUUGUGUCUGCUGCAGCUAAGUCUUAUCAUUUCUCUUGCUCUUUCAGCAGCUUCCAGCAAUAAGAGUCUGAUUGAGGGGGAGAAAAAUGAACUGAAGACACUCAACUCUGGCCUCAAUGCCAGGAAUAAAAACCUGACAACAGAAAGAGAGCAGCUGAGGAGGAAUCUAAGUGACUUUGUUUCACAACAUAAUUCUCUGACUAAGGAGAGAGAUGAGCUAAAGAAGACCAACCUUGGUUUCUUGUCCAAUCUAAAAAAUCUGACUGCAGAGAAGGAAAUGCUGCUCAGAACUAUCAAAGGCUCUGAGGCUGAUAACAAAAAUGUGACUGAACAGAGGGAUGAGCUGAGGAAAGAACUUAAAAACCUCACCUUGGAGUUCAGUUUCCUGACUGAGGAGAGAGACGAGUUGAAGGAGAUUAAUCUUGGUAUCGAGGCAAAUCUGAAAAACCUGACCGACGUGGGAGAAACGCUGAUCAGAACCAUCAAUGUCACCGACGCCAUCAAUAAAAAUUUGACUGAAGAGAGAGACGAGCUGAGGAAAGAUCUCAACAACCUUGCUUCACAUCUUAGUUCCCUGACUAAUGAGAGAAACGAGUUGAAGCGGUUAAACUCUGACAUUGAGGCCAGUCUGAAAAAUCUGAGUGAAGAGAGUGAAAAACUGAUCCAAACCAUCCAAAACAUUGAGUCCGAUCACAAAAACGUGACCGGAGAGAGAGACGACCUGAUGAGGGAGCUGAAUGUGUUUAAAAUGUCAUUUCUUUUCUUUUCUUUUUUUUUGUGGAUUAUCUUUCCCCUUAAAAUCACAGCUUCACAGCUUGCCUCCAUGACUAAGGAGAGAGAUGAUCUCAAGAAGAUUAACUCUGAUAUUGAAGCCAAUAGCAACACGUUGAGAGAAGACAAGGAUGUACUCAACAGGAAGCUGAAUGAUUUGGAAUCCAAACAGAAUGCCUUGACUGAAGAAAGAGACACUUUGAGGACAGCAAAGUCGUACAUUGAGGCCAUGUCCAGAACAAUCAGUCAGGAAAGAGAUGAGCUGAAGGCAAAGAUCAACACUUUAAAUCAACCAGGAUGGGUGCUUUUUGAAGGCAGUGCGUACUACGUUUCUUCUGGCAAAAAGACCUGGCAAGAGAGCAGAAAUUACUGUCAGUCAAAAGGUGCAGACUUGAUGAUCAUCAACAGCAGAAGCAAACAGGUUUAUGGAAACAAGUUUCAGAAGUACAUGUGGAUUGGACUGACUGAUGGAGAAACAGACGGAACAUGGAAAUGGGUAGACGGGAGUCCAGUUACCACGAGCUACUGGACAGUUGGCGAGCCAAAUGGUAAAACACUGGAGAACUGUGGGAACAUAAAGACUUACACUACGGAGAAUAGCUGGAACGAUGAACUCUGCUCCCAUUCCCUCAACUGGAUCUGUGAAUUAAAGCUAAUCUAGUAACUGAUUCAUAUCACAUAAACAAAAAAGACAAACAUAAAAAAAAACCACUUAUUAAAACUCUCUCAUGUUGAUAAUAUUUGCACAUUUGUCUGCUUUGUUUGGAUGUGAUGUUCUGAAGGUGAUACUGGAGAUGCACCGAUCCACAUUUUGUGAGCGAUUUCAAAUCUUUGGUUUUUGAUCAAAGUUUGACCCGCUGAGUCUGAUUUUAAAUUUCUCUUAUAAAAACAUUCAGUGUUUGUUUCCACACUCCCUGCAGUGAGUUGUCUUUAAUUGUUAAUAUUACAAGUAGAGGCAACUACAGAGGUGUAAAAAAUCAUUGUUUUCCAAGAAUAAAAGUUCAUUGUGAUAAUCAAUUUAUUCUAAUGAUAAAUUCUAACAGAUGGUUUUUGUAAACCCCAAAGCUGACAUGGUUUGUAUUGUUAAUUUUUCUGUUUAUUUUAUUGUUUUUUCUUAAUUACGGUUCCAUGAUAGGAUCAAUGGACAUCAGCAGGUUUUAAUUCUGAGUAAAGCAUUAUUCUGGUCAUGUGACCUUUUAUCAGCUGUUACAUUAAGAUUAAAUAAGUUCAGCAACAAGUUUCUGCCUCAGCAGGUCGUCAGGAGUUCAAACACAAAUAAACCACAUGAUGUGAAGUAAAAUA